AUGCACAUCCCAGAGAGCCAAAAUUCGCGGGAUCUCCGUAUAGAGAAGCUAUGGAGUAAGCUUGAUCCGCAGAAAAAGGGCGAAAUAGAUGUCAAUGGGCUAAGGAAGGGUCUGCAUGCUAUUGACCAUCCUCUGAAAAACGCCGAUGACAUGCUCAAAGAUGUCGUAAAAGCAAUGGAUAAGAAUGGCGACAAAGUCAUACAAUAUGAAGAGUUUCGUGUCUUCGUCGAGAAUACCGAGAAAGAACUUCUAGCAUUGUUCAAAUCCAUAGACCGGGACGAUGAUGGUAGGCUUGAUAAAAGCGAGCUGAGAGGUGCUUUCAAGAAAGCUGGGCUUUCAGUCCCCCCUUCCAAAUUGGACCAACUUUUCGCCGAGGUCGACGAGAACAACGAUGGAUAUAUAACUUUUGCGGAAUGGAGAAACUUCUUACUCUUUCUUCCCACGAACUCGAACAUUCCUGUACUCAAAGAAGUCCUUUCGUAUUACUCCUCUACGAUCACGUUGAACGCUGAAGGCGACACAUCUAUCAGCGAGGAAACUCUGGAAGGAUUAGGUAGAAAAUCAUUUCUUUCAGCGUUCUUUGGAUCCAUCAUGAAAAUUGCGGAGCCUCCAAAGCUCCGCCCUCGUCCGGGAAAGUCGCAUUCGGAAGUCGCAGUCACAGCAGAAUUACCGACGUCAAAUGACAACAUGUACAACGGUAGAAUGUCACUUGAGCCGCAAGUUGACCACAGUACUCAGUCUUCGACAAGCGCUUCAGAGUAUCUCGACCCGCAAGAGCUGGCUGAUGAAUCCAUUUCCGAUUUUGACGCAGGAGAUAAGAAGUCCUUGCUCUCUGAAAUCCUGCCCGAUCCCGGCUAUUUCGCAGCUGGUGGUAUUGCUGGAGCAAUAUCUCGUACGUCGACAGCACCCUUGGAUCGCCUCAAGGUCUAUCUAAUUGCGAAUACUGGUCCUGCUAAAGACUCGCUCGAUGCUGUUAAAAAAGGUGACGCAGCGUCGGUUGCAAAAACUGUUGGUAGGCCACUUGUUGAAGCCACCAAAGAGCUGUGGAGAGCAGGAGGAAUUCGCAGCUUAUUUGCUGGAAACGGGCUCAACGUUGUGAAAGUCAUGCCAGAAUCUGCUAUAAAAUUUGGUUCAUACGAGGCUGCGAAGAGAGCUCUGGCCCAGCUUGAAGGUCAUGGUGACCCUCAAAAUAUCAAUCCAUACUCUAAAUUCGUUGCUGGGGGGGUUGGUGGUCUUGUAUCACAAAUGCAAUGCGAGACAGUGGCCGGUGGUCUUCGAGGUAAUGCCCUAAUUAUUGAGACGGCAAAGAGGAUGUACAAACAAGGUGGUAUCCGGUCGUCCUACCGUGGUCUGACGAUGGGACUUGUUGGCAUGUUUCCAUAUUCGGCGAUAGACCUCGGAACUUUCGAGUUCUUGAAGACCUCACUCACUCGUCGCAAUGCGAAGCUCCUUGGCUGUGAUGAGGAAGAUGCUCUCCCAGGAUCUUUCGCGACCGGUUGCAUUGGCGCGUUCUCGGGAGCCUUCGGAGCCAGUAUGGUGUAUCCUAUCAACCUUCUAAGGACUCGUUUACAAGCCCAGGGGACUGUCUUACAUCCCCCAACAUACACUGGGAUAGUUGAUGUCACCCGAAAAACAAUCCAGAACGAAGGCGUCAGGGGUUUAUUCAAAGGCAUAACCCCGAAUUUGUUAAAGGUAGUCCCAGCUGUCAGCAUAACAUACGUUGUCUAUGAGAACGCCAAAAAAGUGUUGCAUCUUCGAUGA